AUGAGCGAGCAGCCGACAAACGGCACCAGUGGUGCCGCCGAUCAGCCAGCCUGGGAUGAGACGCGAAUCGAGGAAUCACUCACUAGGCUUCACCUGUUACACAUCAAGGCUCACACGCUGCGAGAAGUCAUUCCCAAGAUGCUAGAGACCCUGAGCCAUAAAUACCCCUCCCGAGGAGCCCAACCAUCAGCUGAGACACUGUUCAAUGCCUUUGUCAAGGCCGCAAAUGAUGCACAGUCCAGCAUCACCGACUUCACCGGCCUGAUGCAGGAGGAGCAGACGAAGGCCAUACUUGCGCAGGCUCAGAAGAGCGCGCAGGAGGAUCCCAAGGGUAUCAAGCCCUGGAGGUACAAGGAUCACCCCGACUGGUUUGAUCCCAAUGGCAAGUCAUGA